CCGACCUGCAAAAUUAGGUAAAAACACAUAUUCAGCUAUGGCGGCCGUCAUUUUAAAGCCUCCGGCAAUCAAUUCCAGACUUGCCCGCCACAUAUAUUGCAAACUAUAUAAGUAGCUAAGCCUCACAAGGCCAGCUUGCCCCCACCCCCAUAUAUAUACCCGGAGAUGGCCGCCGCAGCUUGUGCCACACCAACUACCAAAUUUCAAAUCCAUUGUUUCUCCCUUGAUACGAAUUCCGCAUCAUCAUCCUCCCAAACCCAUCGCGGGCUGAUCAAUUUUAGGAAGACCCAUUUGGGAUUUCGGCCGGAAUGGGCGGUAGGAGGCCGUUUGUCGCCGGCAUUGGUUGGCGGCCGGAGAUCUACCGGGCGGAUUGAUUUCAGAGAUGGUGAUAAUGGCGCGAUGCAGGGGCGGAAGAGCAGAGGAGGGGGCGAGGUGAGGUGUGCUGCGGAGGGGAUAGAGAGGUUGAUGGGGAGAGCAUCCGCCGCCGCCGCCGCUGAUGGACGCCACCGGGUGAUGAUACCGGAGAGGUACAAAGUGGUGGCGCUGGUGGCCUGUGUAAUGGCGUUGUGCAAUGCUGACCGGGUCGUGAUGUCCGUCGCCGUCGUUCCGUUGGCGGCUAAACAUGGCUGGACCAAUUCGUUCUUGGGCGUUGUUCAGUCAUCAUUCUUGUGGGGAUACAUAUUUUCAUCUAUGGUUGGAGGAGCAUUGGUGGACAAGUAUGGAGGAAAGAAAGUCAUUGCAUGGGGUGCAACCCUUUGGUCACUAGCAACUCUUCUAACUCCACUGGCAGCAAACCACUCCACGCUCAGUCUCUUAGCUAUUCGUGCCUUCUUUGGAUUUGCCGAGGGAGUAGCUCUUCCUUCCAUGAACACCCUUUUGUCCAGGUGGUUUCCAAGUGAUGAACGCGCAACCGCAGUAGGAUUAUCUAUGGGUGGCUUCCAUCUUGGGAAUGUGGUGGGAUUAAUGAUAACUCCUUUAGCAAUGUCAUCAAUGGGUAUUUCUGGCCCUUUCUUCCUCUUUGCUACUCUUGGGCUUCUCUGGCUGAAUGUGUGGGUGUUCCGGGUCACUAAUGAUCCACACCAAAGCAAUUCUAUCACAAAGGCAGAAUUGAGAAUGAUUCAAGCUGGCAAAUCUGAUUCUUCUGUGGUUAAGGGAAACAUCCCCACUUUGAGGAUCCUCCUUUCUAAAAUGCCCACAUGGGCCAUUAUAUUUGCUAAUAUCACCAACAAUUGGGGAUAUUUUGUUCUUCUUUCCUGGAUGCCAGUAUACUUCAAAACUGUUUUCGAUGUGAACUUGAAGCAAGCAGCUUGGUUUAGUGCUGUACCAUGGGCAACAAUGGCAGUGUCAGGCUAUGUUGCCGGGGCUGUCUCUGACUUCUUAAUUAAAGCUGGAUACUCCAUAACAUUUGUCCGUAAAGUGAUGCAGACUAUCGGCUUCAUUGGCCCCGGAGUCUCAUUGCUGUGUUUGAACUUUGCCAAGACACCCAAGGUUGCAGCCACACUGCUUACAAUAGCUCUGAGCUUUAGUUCCUUCAGCCAGGCUGGAUUUUUAUUGAAUAUGCAAGAUAUUGCACCGCAGUGUGCCGGAUUUCUUCAUGGGAUCUCAAACUCGGCGGGAACAAUGGCGGCGAUAGUCAGCACUAUCGGGACAGGAUUUUUUGUUCAGUGGCUGGGAUCUUUCCAAGCAUUUUUGACACUCACCGCUUGUCUUUACUUUGUCACAGCCAUCUUUUGGAACCUUUUUGCCACUGGAGAGAGAGUGUUUUAACCAUUUUUUUCUUUCUAAUCUAUUAUUCAGUAGCAUAAUACUCCUAUAUCAGAUGUAUGUGGCAGCAAGAACAAAUGAAAAAUGUACAGAGUCAGUAUGAAUGGCGUUUGUGUCUGUAUGUAAAAAAGAUGAUAGAAAUCAUAGAAUAAAAAGUUAAUUAAUCCUUUUGCA